CAAGCACUCUCCUCCAAGCUUAUGGUCUCCGUCUCCUGCAAAUUCUCGUUUUUUUCUUUUUUUCUUUUAUUAUUAUUUUCUCUGACUUAGCGAAUGUCAUGGCACGAAUAAAUAGAACAAAAUCAGAAUCCCCAAAACGACGUCGUUGGAUAUCUCAUCUCUCAAAUUAAUCUCCAAUCUCCGGUCCAUUUGGGGGAAACAGAAACUUCCCGCCGCUAGCACCGCCAUGGCUUCCAAAGCUCCCCCCUCCUCUACCGAGAAACAAAGAGACUUCUUCAAUCACCUCGAAGCUUACCUCGCAAAGAGAGACGGCGUCGACAAGCUCUUGAAAAUCUCCAGGUACGCCACCAAGAUCAUCCUCUCCUCAUCCGCUCUUCCCGAAUCCCUUCCUCUAACGCACCGUCUCAAGAGCUUCGAAUCCAGCGUCGGCGUCAGUCGCAAAGCCUUCCGUCUCGGCAAGUUCAUCCAAGACCUAAACGCCUUGAGAAAUUCGCAUUUCGAAUCUAGCCAACAACUUCUGCUCGCUCUCGUUGCCUAUGGCGGAGAGGGAUUUUAUUACUUUAUCGAACAGUUCGUUUGGUUGGCUAAAUCUGGUUUAAUUGACAAACGGCACUCGAAUCACUUGCAGAAGAUCAGCGCAUGGGCGGAAUUAAUCGGCUAUAUCGGGAGUAUUUCGUUGAAAAUUAGGGAUUUGAAACGGAUUCUCGAAGACGAGGCGUGUUUGAAAGCGAGUAUUGAUAUUGCAGUUACCAGAGGAGAUAAACAUCGGGAAGAGGAAGAGAAGAUGAAGAAAUUGCAAACGAAAAAGCUGAUGAAGAAGCUUUCGAUUGUUCAAGAUUUUGCCGAUGGAUUCAUGGCGGCGGCGGACAUUCGCGAUGGGAAUGGCCGGCUUUCAGGUCCUCUUCCAAUUUCUUGGGCUGGGCUUAUCUCGGCAUUGAUUAGCACUCAUAAGAACUGGAUAUCAUGCUGAAAUUCCUC